AUGACAUUAAUUAUUUUUGUAGUUUCAAUGAGGAUGAAAAACAAAAAAAUAAAUAAAUCUGAAGAGAUUAUUCAAAAUAAUAUAAGAAGAAACAAUAAAAAUUUAAUAUAUAUUAAAGGAGAUGAAGAAAAAUAUAUAAAUAAAAAAUAUAUUAAUCAUGUAAAUGAUCAAAAUAAUUUAUAUAAUUUGAAUGAACUAUAUAAAGUAGAUAAACUUUAUAAUAUUGAUAAAUUACAUUUUAUAACGUCACAUUAUUUAGCUUAUAAUAAAUUGCAAAAUUCAAUACUUCGAUUUUAUAUACCAAACUUCAAUAUGAAUAAAAUAUCGAAGUAUGAUAAACAUAUAAAAGAUUUAAACAAAACUUAUGAUCACUCUAUACACUAUAAUCUAGGUGCAAAUACAAUAUCUGAACAAUCACACCUUCUUCAUAUUGAUCAUGCUCCUUCUUGUAAAAAAAAAAAAAAAAAAUUUAAAUAUCAUAAUAAAAUAUAUUCAAAAAUGAAAAGAAAUAAUUCUAAUAAAAAAAUCAAGUAUAAAAAAAAACAAAUAAAAUCAUCGUCAUUAAAUAUUUCCAAAUUGUUAUUUCCUUUUUAUGGUUACACAACUAGCGAAGAAAGUGUUAUGUCCUUUUCUAAAUUUUUACCUGAACAUAAAAUAGCUAGAAAAAAAAAAAAAAGCCAAAAAAAAACAAGCCAAAAAAGACAAAAAAGACAAAAAAAACAAAAAAAACAAAAAAAACAAAAAAAACAACAAACAAAUAACAUAAUAAACAAUGAUGAUCAUCAUGAUAAACCAUAUACAUACCAAUCAAAAGACAAAGAAGAAAUCAAACAUAAUAGUAUGCUUAUAUUCAAAGAAAUUAUAAACCUUUGUCAUGAAAAUAAAAUUUUUACUUUUAAAAAUAAAAUAAAACAUAAGCAAAAUAAUGAUACCAAAAAAAAUCAUACAGUUCUACAUCAUGAACAGUUCAACCACUCAAGGGAUAAAGAUCAAUAUAUUAAAAUUGGAGAAAAACAUAAUGUAGAUAAUAAACAAUCAUUUGAUUAUAAGCAAAACUAUAUAAAAACUCAAAGAAAUUUAUCAACUCGCUCUUAUAUGAACACUUAUUAUAAGGAUGAUAUUAACAAUUCAGCAAAUUGUUUAUUAAAAAGAAAUAAAGUUCAAAAUGAACUAGAAAAAGAACAUAUAUACAACACCUCACGAGGGUUACAUAAAAAAAGAAGUUUUAGAUCAUGCUCGGAUUAUGUAAAUAAACAAGAUGAAUAUGAAAAAAAGAAAAGGACAAAAAAACAAAAUGAAUUCAUAAUAAAUAAAAAUAUUAUUAUUAAAGGAAAGGAAGAUAUCAUGUCACAUUCUAUUGUUGACAUGAGAAAUAAAAUAAAAAAGAGAAAUUAUGAAGGAGGAGUAAAAAAUGAACUAAAAAAUGUAAGCAAAGAUAUAUAUGAUGAAUGUAAAGAAAAUCAGAAUAUAUACAAAGAAAAACAAAAUGACAUUUUAACAAAAAAGAAGAAUAUCCAUUUUUUAAAUUUUAUGAAUAUAAAAAAAAAAAAGGAUGAUAACAUUUUAAAAAUGCAAAUACUUAAAGGAUUAAAUCAAACACAUUAUGAUCCUUUACAUUUGGAAAAAAUUGUUAAUUGUAAAAGUGGAGGUAUAAUAUAUAACCAUCAGACGAAAACAAAGGAAGAGGAAGAAAAAAAAAGAAAAAAAAAAAAAAGAAAAAAUUUAUAUAAAGAUGAACAAAAUUGUAUGGAAAUGAUAAAUAUACAAACAUAUAAAAAUGAACUGAAAUCCAUAGUACAAAAAAUGAAUAAACAUUUUGUUUUUAAAAACAUGUCUGUUUUUAUGUUGAACUUUUGUUCUUUAUAUAUAAAUGGAGAAUAUGAGGAAAUUAUUCACUUAUAUAAAGAAGAAUAUUUUCACAUAAAUUUUCAUAUCUUUUAUAUAUAUAUAAAAUCGUUAAUAAAAUUAAAGAAGUAUGAGCUCUGCUUAAAGUAUAUAUCUUAUAUAAAUGGUGACAAUAUAAAUAAUGAUAAUAUAAAUUUAUAUAAUAAAAUCAUUUUAACUUUCCUAAGUGCUUUAUGUUUUGAGAAAUUAAAUAAAUUAAAAUUGAGUAUAACAGAAUAUUGUAAGGUAGUAGUACAUCAAAUAGACAACAUUAUUAAAGAUGAAAAUAAGGAUUAUAAUAAACAUGAUAGUGAUGAUAAUAAUAAGAAUUAUAAAAAUAAAUAUAAUAACAUUUGUAAUUAUAAUUAUAAUUAUAAUUAUCAGUGUUUUCUUGAUCCUAUAAAAAUCCAUCCAUUCAUUCUUAUAUGCCUAGAUAAAGUAAUAGGAACACAUCAAUUAAAGAUACAUGAAGAAAAUACAUUAAUAAAAUAUGUACAACUACAUUAUGACUUUAAGAGACUCUUUCAUUUUUAUAUUUGUAAAGUACAUACAAUGGACAAUAUUCGAAAAUAUGACAUAAAAGAAUAUAUGAACAUACAUAAUGACAUCACCUUUGAAUUCAUCAAAGAUCCACGUAGUAGAAAGAAUAAUAGUUAUUCUAUACAGAUAAACGAUAAAAACUUGUUAUAUGGUAAUAAUAAAGCAAAGAAUCAAAACGAUUAUAAUAUAAAUAAUAAUAUAAGAAAAAUGAACAGAAAUAUGGAGAAACCCCAAAAUUGUUAUUAUAAUAUGAAAGAUGAAUUACGAGAUGGUUGCUAUGACCCUAAGAGGUUAAUGUAUCAUUUCCCCUUUUUUGAUGAAAAAAAAAAUAUAAAAAAAAAAAAAGGAAAAAAUUUAUACAUAAACAUGAAUAAUGUGUUAUAUUAUAUUAAUAAAAAUGGGAAUCAAGAUGAUUAUGAUAUGCCCAAAUCUUUAUAUAGUGACAAUUAUUAUUUUGUUGAUGAUCAUAAGGAAAGCGAAGAAGAAAUAAAUAGAAAAGACAUCAUAUUAUAUCUUCAAAAUAAGAAUGAACAUAAAUAUACCGUAACUAAUAAUAAUAUUUUAAAGAAUAAUGAGUUUCAUUAUAAUUAUUUUUUAGCUCACUAUAUUGUUCCUCAAGGGGCUUGUAAUCAUUUUUGUUAUAAGUAUACAAUAAGAAAGAUAAAUCAUUUUGUUGAUACUGCAUAUACGAAUAAAAAUAUUUUAGGGACUAUAAAGAAACUUGGGGUAGAAUUAAAUAUCAUUUAUGAGAAAUGUUUAGGAGAUUACGAGACAAGAGGAAAUAAUAAUAAAAGGAAUAUAUAUAAUAAUAAAUAUAUACAUAAUAAUAAAUAUAUACAUAAUAAUAAAUAUAUACAUAAUAAUAAACAUAUACAUAAUAAUAAACAUAUACAUAAUAAUAAACAUAUACAUAAUAAUAAAUAUAUACAUAAUAAUAAAUAUAUACAUAUACAUAAUAAUUAUCAUCAUAUAGAUGAUCAUCAUUACAAUAAUAAUUUAUACAUAUUUGACCCCGUAACAUUGAUAGAUCUUUUGUGUAUUACCUUUUACUGUUUGAAAAAUUAUGAUUAUACAAAUUGUUAUUAUAUAAGCAAAUAUAUUAUAAAAGAAAGAAAACAAUAUGAAAAUGACGAGGCCAUCUGGUUAUACAUUACAUCUAUAACUAAUUUAGGAAGUGUAUUCAAGAGUUCCCAAGAGAAAGUUAAAGAAAUUUUUCUUCUGUAUAAUGAACGAGUUAGUGAUAUCAUUUUUAAGAAGAAAAAGUAUUAUUAUAAAGAAGAGAAAUAUAAAUAUGAAAACGAUUAUAUAGAUUAUUACAUGUUCGGUAUCAUAUAUUUUUUAAAUAACAAUUUUAAUAAAGCUCUAUUAUAUUUUAUAAAAUGCAUGCAAUUAAAAGGUAAUUUUUACAUGUGUUAUGUUUAUAUGCUAUAUAUUUUUUUAUCUUUCUUAACAAAGGAUAGGAAGAAAAAUUAUAAAAAAUUUAUUUUUUUUAAAUGUCUCAAAUUGAAGCCGCACAAUAUAACACCGUAUCUAAUAUAUAGUUCGGUGGUGCUAGGGAUAUAUCAGCGAUAUAAAAAUGGGAUUAACGAUAACAUGAACGGAUAUAUGGAUGAAAAUAAAAACAAAAACGAGAACAAGAACGAGAAUAUAAACAAGAACAAAAACAAAAAUGUGGAUAAAGAUAAAAAUAUAAACAAAAAUAUAGAUACAGGUAUAGAUAUUGAUAUAGAUAUCGAGGUAGAUAAAAAUAUAUACAUAUAUACAGAUAACAUUGUUUAUAAUAACACCGCUGGCAAAUCUAACAUAGCCGUUUGUGUUGAGAAAAUACAAUUUUUAAGGGAUAUUCUUAGUAAAGCUUUAAAAAUAGAAAACGAUAACAUUUUUGUAUGUAACGAAUAUUUUCUUUAUAAUUUUUUAAGAAAGGAAUACUUACAGUGUGAGAUUUUUUUAAAAAAGAUAAUAUUCAUAUGUAAAACUAAAUUUUAUCCUAAUAAUAUAAAUGUUAUAUCUUCUAUCUUAUAUAACAUGUCUAUAUAUUAUUAUAUUUAUCAAAAGAAUAUAUAUGAGAGCGAGAAAUAUAUUAUCCUGUUAUUACAAAAUAACCCUUUUGAUAUAAAGGCUUUACAUGUACUUAUUCAUAUAUUUUUUAUAAAAAAAAAUAAAAACUGGAUACCUUUAUUUGAUUAUUCUAUUUAUUUAGAACAUGUUUUAUUAUCUCUAGAUAAUGACAUAUUAUUUUAUGACACUCGAAAAAUAAUAAAUAAACAAAGAAGAAACACAUAUUUAUUUAACACUUUCUUUAAUCAACUUGAAAAAACAAAACAUGGAUCCUCUUUAUACUUUACUUAUUAUAGCAAAUUAAAAAAAGUAAGUAAAUUCGACACAUUCUUAAAAAAAUAUAUACAAGAAAGAAAGGACCAAGAGUAUGGAUUCGAAGUCGCGGGGGGGGGGGUCUUGCGUUCGGAACAAACAAAAUAA